ACUGCUUGUGUGUGUGUUUGUGGGGGUGUGAGAGCGCAGGAACAAUCGCAGCAGAGACACAGAGACAGACAGGCGGUGUGGAUACGCUCUGCGCUCGGUUGCGGUUAGGUUUCUUACAUGCUGUGAGGACUGUGAGUCAGACGGCUGCUUUACCUUCAGAUGAAGACAAACACUGCAGAACAGCACUGACAGACAGUAGCUAUUAAAUCCACUACUGGACCUCUGAAUCUCCAAGCAAACCUUCUUGGAAACACAGAUAGAGACAUGGAUACAGAGGCACAAGUAGAAACAUAAAGAGAGGGAAGUAGACUGUAAAUAAGGAAAAGGAGGUUUGCCAAAGGAACGGAGUGCAGGACACAGAAGAGGUGGACUAGAGGAUGCAUUAAUGUAUUCUUUACACGCAAUGACGAGAAGCAUCUCAAAACCUGGACUGGCAUUGCAUUAAAUGCCUUUUCUUUACUCUUAUCUGUAUUCAUUAGUCCAUUCAUGAUCUCUAGGGAAACGUUGGCUUCGGAGGCCAAGGAAAUAUUGGAAUAUUUUCAAGCUUAAACAGCAUGCAGGACCUCUUCUUGUCUCUCUGUAACCUGCCUGCAACCAUUCAGGUGUGCGAGAGUUGUUUCUUUUUUAGGAGGUCAAGCCAAAAGGAGGUGACCUGCUGUGGUGCGGCAUCUUUCCUGAUGUUUCCUCAUUAACCGGCAUUAGAGCAGCAGUGGUAUUGAUUAAAGGUCUAGCCAGAUUUAAUAGCAGAAGAUUACUGAAACAAAAGUCCAGUGUCUAAUGGAAGAUAUUGAAGUAGUGCUUAACUGGUAGGACAGUGGGCUGUUGCUUGAGAGAUUGAGGUUAUUCCUCCAAUGUCUACACUUCCUACCAUUUGGCUUGUGAAGCGAAGACAUUCACAUCGUCUCAGUUCCUAUUGUGAAAAAAUGCAAACUUAUUUUCAUCACAAAAACACGUAAUGUCGAUAUUUUAAGGACUGUUUGUGCUUGCUGUUGUAUCACAUUUCUUUGCCCUUGUCUGAAGUCUUGUCAAAGUGGGAAUCAUUUGGCCACUUGGGGUCCAGGUGCCAGCCCCAGCUCCGGCCCCUAACCCAAAAAUGCGGCGUUCGAGUACGGAUGAAACCCCGUACCGGCGCAGUCCCUCGCUGGACAGCAAGCCGGGCUCACCUCCACUGCAUUACAGUGGCGAGUACGAGUACCACAGCUCGCCGUUCAUCUUCGGCAUCCGUACCACGCCGGGCUCAAAGAAAGAUAACACCAGCUACACCACCGCACAGGGCAGGAAGUAUGUGGUGUUUUACUUGGAUCUGUCCUUUAUCUUCCUCCUAGAGCUGCGGCACUGCAGGAUGGCCGAGGGCUGCCUGAGGGCCCUGCGAUACGGGAUGGUCUUCUUCAACCUGCUCUUCUGGCUUGGCGGUUGUGGUAUUCUUGGAGUGGGUAUUUGGCUCGCCAUCACGCAAGGAAACUUCGCCACGCUCUCGUCCUCUCUGCCGUCGCUGUCUGCCGCCAAUCUGCUCAUCAUCCUCGGCAGCAUCAUCAUGGUGAUUGGCUGUCUGGGGUGUGUGGGCGCGGUCAAAGAGAACCGCCCAUUACUCCUGAGUUUCUUCAUCCUGUUGCUGCUCAUUUUGUUAUUGGAGAUUCUGUUCAUCAUUCUCUUCUUCACUUAUCAAGAUCAGAUUGAUCUAUACGCUCAGAGUGACCUAAAGAAAGGUCUGCAGCUCUUCGGCUCUGAAGGCAACAUCGGUCUCACCAAUGCAUGGAGUAUCGUACAAACUGAUUUUCGCUGCUGUGGUGUGACCAAUCACACUGACUGGUUUCAUGUGUAUAAUGCGACGCGUGUGCCGGACUCAUGUUGUCUGGAGUUCAGUGAUAACUGCGGUCUGGAGAAUCCUGGCACCUGGUGGACAGCUCCAUGUUAUGAGCGUGUGAAGGGCUGGCUUCAGGAGAAUCUCAUCGCUCUGUGGAUUUUUGCACUGUGCACAGCACUAACACAGAUCCUGGGACUUGUGUUCUCUAUGACGAUGUUUUGUCACGCAGUGAAAGUGGACACGUUCUAUGCAUAGAGACCAGCAGCACCUAACAGGACCAAAUUAACACACAACCGUGUCUGACAUUUCUGCCCGCACACUCAUUCUGUUACACACAUCUGUGUUUAUCACUGUGGCCAUCAAGUGUAAAGUUCACUAACACACUGCUAUUGACAACAUGAUUUUAUAGUUCAAUCAAAUUAAUAGAAUAAAACUAUUCUUUAAUGGCUCUUUAUUUUGAAUAAUGGACAAUUUUUUUUCUUGUCCAUUUUGGAAAAAAAUAAAAUAAAAAAUAAAUCUCGGAGCAGCACUAAACAGGGAGACCAGUAACUAAUGUCAUUGUUUUAUACUUGUAUAAUUUCAUAUUAAUAAGUAUGCUAUGUAAUAUAGACAUUUAUAUUUAUUCCGAGUGAGUUCCCAACAUAUUUAAAAGGCAAGAUAUUAAGAUCACACUUUUGUAUGUAUGACUUUAUGAAAAUAUGGCCUCAAGUCUUUGAAGCAAAAACAGUAUAGACUUUAUUGAAGGAACAAUAAAGUAUCGAUACUGAUGUAGGAACAAGCACAACCCUGUAGGCUAUUCAUCAGUCAUUUCCAAUUCCGAAUGUAAAAGAGUAAAAUUAGCACAAUUUAAAUGUAUGCUAAUUUACAGUGGCUGCAAGAAGUGUUUGGACACUUGAAGGGAAUUGUGUCAUUUUUUCCUCACUUGUGGUAACAAAUGGAAUUUUAUUUUUUAUUUUUUGGUUGGCAAACAGGUAGCCCCGCCCCAAACCAGUGCCAUUGGUUGAGCUAUAAGAUGACAUGUCGGGCUGCUCAAACAAACAGAGCAAUGUUUUGAAAGCACCACACACACUCUUAAAGAAGUCAAUAAACGAAUUGCUUACUUGUAGUUAACUCUAAAAAUUUAAUUAGGAUACAGGAAAUGUUUUAACAUUGAACAAAAUUACUCAAAGCAGCUUUAAGUGACAUUGAUAUUUUGUCAUCUUAUAAUAUAAUGACAUUCAAGUCACUUCAAAGCAAGUGUCAUCUGCAAACAAAUGCUGCUGGAUCUUUUCUCAAAACUAACUUGACAUUUCUGUGUGAUUUUUGCUCAAUGACUUUGAAUGAACUGGUGUUGUUCAUUUACACACUACCGCUAUUCUUUUAAAAAAUGUAUUUUUUGUGAAAGGUUUUGCUUGUGCUAUCUUUCUUUCAAAUAAAUGACACUUGCUUAAAUAUUUUGUUAUAUAAUGUAAGGACAUUUACAUGUUUCUAAAUGUCCAAAUACUUUUUGUGGCCACUCCAUAUUGACUGAUAACUUCAUGUUCAGUCGUGGAGAAACAUUUCAGAUCUAUAAAAAUAUGUGAAGAACAGCAAGAUGAAAAAUAUUAAAGGAAUAUUCCAGGUUCAAUACAAGUUGAGCUCAAUCGACAACAUUUGUGGCAUAGUGUUGAUUACAACAAAAAUUAAUUUCGUCCCUCCUAUUCUUUACAAAAAGUAAAAAUCUGUGUUCCAGUGAGAUACUUACAAUGGAAGUGAAUGGGGCCAAUCUGCAAACAUGUUUUAAAAGUAUAGACACAAGACAUAAACAGUAUGUGUGUUAACAUGAUUUUAGUGUGAUAAAAUCACUUACUAACCUUUUGUGUGUAAAGUUACUGUAUAUCCAAUUUAACAACUUUGUUGCAAUGAUGACAACACAUUAAACCCUGAAACCCUAUAACAACAGUAAAAACAACGAUUUAAACAACAGAAGAAUUAACCUUGUGUGACCCUGCAUCCACAUGUGUUGUAUUUUGGCUUUGCUAUAUGCAACGCAUAAUUUAAAUGAAUUUAAACCGACUGAAUACUGUUCACAUGACUCUAGAUUGUCAAUUAAGGAUUAAAGUUCUGCCGCACCAAGUCACAUGACAUAAAAUUAGUUUAAUUUCUUGAAGCAUUCCUACGGACGUAGUGCCAACAAAGUGCCUCUGGUAAGAAAUAUCUUUAUGUUUUUUUAUUGAAACCUGUUUGGUUGUAAAGAGGAGAGUCUCUAGUUUUGUUUGAUACGACGCUUUAAAAAAUCUGUUCAUUUUCCACGCGUUAGCGCGCUGAUAAACAAACAUGAUGUCCACAUACGAGGAUUUUGGGACAUUAUUCCCUCAAAAGUUGAAAAAAACAUGUUAGUUAUUUUGAAUAAGUUUCAACUCUAACACAUCUGUGGGUCAUUUCAUUUCAUUUGAAUAUAUAUUUUGUUUGGUUUUAUUUUGCUCUCACUGUACACUACGGUUCUAUUCAUUAACAUUAGUAAAUGCAUUCCUAUAUAUUUACUGUGCAUUUUCACACUGAGAAUAAAUGAGUUCAUCCAAAAGCUAAAAAAAUUAAAUUAAAUUAAAUUAAACAGGCUUUAUAUGGAGUUAGGAUGAAAAUAAGGUGCAUUUAAAACUGUUCUGAGACCAGUGCAGACAGACAGCACACUCAAGUCAUUCACUAAAUAGGAAGCAAGGGCUCUCUAUGCAGCAAGUGCGUUCACUCUUAAAAUCUAACCAAAAGUUCAGUUCAGUGCAGAUGAUGUCUCAAAAACAUGAUUAACCAACACUCCUGGAAACUUAAUAAAAAUGUUUUAAUGAAAAACAUCUGACUUUCUAUAGCUUGGUAUUAUUUAAAAUUGCACAACUUAGUCCCGCUGUCCACAAAUGAGAACAUAUAUUUUUAGGAACUAUUUUCUCUAGAAUUUUUUUUUGGUUUGCUUGUUCAUUUGGUGCUACUAGUUACAAAUCAAAAAGGGAAAUGGAAAAUGCACACAGCAGUCACGCUCUAGUCUCAGGAGGAUAAUGUACUUUUAUAAAUUUAUAAGCUUCACAUUUUUGCCUUUAAACCCUCCAAAAAUUGGCCCCAUUCACUUCCAUUUUAAGUGCCUCACUGUAACUCAGAUUUUUGCUUUUUUUAAAGAAAAGUAGGGAUGAUUUUUGUGGUAAACAAAUUCUGUCGAUUGAACAAUUUGUAUUGAACGCAGAAUUAAAGAUCUUUAGUGUAAAAAUAGAGAUGUGUACCGGUCAAAGGUUAAGAGAAAGAUUGUCUACUCUGUUGCAGAAUGACAAAGAUAGAAAGACUGAGAAUAGUAUACUAACAUACUACUCUUAUUAUUGCUGCAGUAGGCAGUAUGUAUACAGUACUGUGAACAACAGAAUACACAUUUUCUGUAUGAAAUACCCAGAUGACCUACUACAUUUGCCAAAUUGUGCACUAUACAACAGAGCACACUGUGUGAGAUAUGGCAUACUACCAUUACUAUUUUUGCCAUAUCUAUAUACAAAGUAGUAUUGUUGUAUUUUCACACAAAAUGGGAUUAAUAAUUCAAAACAGCCAUUUUAAUUUCCUUAAUGAUAAUAAGAUGCUAAAUAUGCAAUGUGAAGACUGUUGGAAAUGUUUAUUAUGGAAUACUGCAUACUGUUCCAUUCACUGUUUUAUAAAUAAAUACAUCAGAAAUUGUAGGCAGUAUGCAGUAUACAGUAUACUGCACAGUAUUUAGCAAGUAGUAAUUUGUAUUCAGUUCUGAAGAUAAUCUGAGUAAAAGAAAGGUACAGUCAUGUGACCAUCUCCGAAGUGUACACCUGUGAGAAAUAUAUUAUAAAUAAAGCGUUUACAAC